ACAAGGGAUUUUACACAGCUACUCAGGAGAAACGAAAUGAUCUGCCCUGGAGCCGCAGCAAAAUGCUGGAUGGACACCUACUCCUGGGAUGGUUAUCGUUCACAGUCAUAGUGUAUCUUCUCAACUUGCCUGGACCAGCCGCAGCUUAUUUCGGGUUGACGGGGAAUGAGCCGUUGUCCAUCCUGCCGCUGAACUCUCUGCCGGAGGAGAACGUGGGCCGGGCCCACUACAAGCUGUGCGACCGGCUCAAGCUGGAGAAGAAGCAGCGCCGGAUGUGCCGACGAGACCCGGGCGUGGCGGAGACCCUGAGAGAGGCCAUCACCAUGAGCGCCCUAGAAUGCCAGUACCAAUUCCGCUUUGAGAGGUGGAACUGCACCUUGGAGGGGCGCCACCGAGCCAACAUAUUAAAAAGAGGAUUUAAAGAGACGGCCUUCUUGUACGCCAUCUCCUCGGCGGGCCUGACCCACGCGAUGGCCAAAGCGUGCAGCGCGGGGCGCAUGGAGCGCUGCACGUGCGACGAGGCCCCGGACCUGGAGAACCGCAAGGCGUGGCAGUGGGGGGGCUGCGGGGACAACCUCAAAUACGCAAACAAGUUCGCCAAGGACUUCCUGGGCAAACGCUCCAACAAGGACCUGCGUGCACGCGUGGACAUGCACAACACGAACGUGGGCAUGAAGGUAAUCAAGGCCGGAGUGGAGACCACUUGCAAGUGCCACGGCGUCUCCGGCUCCUGCACCGUGCAGACCUGCUGGAGGCAGCUGCAGCCCUUCCACGAGAUCGGCAAGCAGCUGAAGCAGCGCUACGAGACCUCCGUUAAGGUCGGCAGCUCCACCAACGAGGCCACGGGGGAGGGCGAGAUCUCUACGGGCCGGAGCCAGCAGCAGCAGCCGCAACAACAACAACAACAACAGCAGCAGCUACCACCACAGCAGCAGCCUCUGCCCGGCCCGAGCGAUCAGAUCCCUCGCACGAUGGACCUGCUGCACAUCGAGGACUCGCCCAGUUUCUGUCGACCCAGCAAGUACUCGCCGGGCACGGCGGCCCGCAAGUGCUACAAGGACAAGAACUGCGACGCCAUCUGCUGCGGGCGAGGCCACAACACUCAGAGCCGGGAGGUGACCCGGCCCUGCCAGUGCCAGGUGCGCUGGUGCUGCUACGUCGAAUGCAAGCAGUGCACGCAGAGGGAGGAGGUCUACACCUGCAAAGGGUGAAUCGGUGACCCCCCGACCCCCCCCCCCCCCCCCGCCCCUCACGAUCAAGCGGAGCGAGUGAAAGUGGAUGGCGCUGUUGAAGAGGAGUGGUUGUUUUUUGUUUUCUCAAACAAGGUUCUGCUUCCGCUGUCGGAGCGGAGAGAGGAGCAAUGAGCACUUUGAGGGGCUUCUGUGGGUUGGGCUUCAGAGGUCCUGCACCCCCCCCCCCCCCUCCGUGUCUGAAAAAAAACUUCUCAGACAACUGGGACAAAAUCUCAAGCUUUAAAAAAAAUAUAUUUUUAUAAUCACAGCUUUUGCCUUGAAGAGAGGAGCUUUGAUUUUUUUCUUCUCCCAAUUGCAUCUUUUCACAAGAGAUCUGAGAGAUUAGCGUCCAGCGAAUGAGGAUCAAACACACGGGACAGCAACGCCGACGGAGCGGAUUCUGGGGUCAAAGAAGAGUGGUGUCUGUGUGUGUGUGUGUGUUUGUCAUUCUUUGUGUGUGUGUGUUUGGGGGGGGGGGGGGGGGCAUUUCGAAUGACGACUUUUAUGGCAAUGAAAACCAUAUUCAGAGACUGCUAAAAAGAAGAAGAGGAAAAAAAAAAAAAAAGACAGGGUGUAACAUUUACUUUACACGCACAUAUUUACACUCACACACAUUGUGUGUUUGCAUAUGUAUGUACAUAAAUGCAGUUAUAUUGUAAUGAUAUUAUACAAGCCACUUAUCUAACUAUGUUAAAACAAACCACUAACCACACAAAUGUUUUGUUGUUUGUGUGCUCGCUCGCGCUCGUUUUUUUUCUCUUCCGGAUUCACGUCGACGAGGCCCUUUGGAAAGCAGCACACUCGCGUCCGUCUGCCGGCCGUGGAUAAUUUAUAGAUCUUUUUGGGACUUCUCCUUCACAGGGAGAAAAAUAAUCUUUCUUUUUUUUUGGGGGGUAGUAAUAUAAUAUGAUGUUUAGUAAAGAACUAAACCAGUCAGUUUAGGCUAUUCUCGGCCUUGAGCGAACCAGAGUUCAGGGAAUAACUUAAACCACUGAUAACUAUUUGGAUACAAUAGGAGAGAAAUUGUGCAAAUGCAAAUCAUAUCCAAGUUGGAGAUGACAGUGGCCUUGUGAUGACGGCCAACACCAACAGGUGAUCACUUGACCGGCAAACGGUCGACCCGUGACUCACAUCAGAAAUCGUUUUUGAGCUCAGCGGAGCUUAAAUAUUUUUUUCUUUCUUUUUUGUUGUUUUUUGGGGUGUUUGUUUAACUUUUAAUACCUUUUUUGAAGUUGAAAAAGAAAACCGUGGAGAACUGGAGGAAUGUAGCCCCCUACUAUUUCCCCAGUCGUUUCUUUUCCUCUUCAGCUGCCACGACUUUGAUCGAGCCAUAUUCAACACACGGUGGGUCCAAACCGAACGGGGGGGGGGGGGGGGGGGAACCCGAGACUGAGAUCUAACUCGACGCGUCUGCAGAAAAGUGAAGAUGAAUGUGCGAGGCUCGCCCGCCAAAAUAAAACACAUUUCACAAGACGAACAUUUGCGUAACCGUUUCGGCAAAUUGAUGUCUAAAUGCAAAUAUCGGAGGUUUUGCACAUCAGGUCUCUUCAUUCAGACGUCAGUGAAAUUGUGAGAAUACAUGGGUUAAUUAGCUUUUUUUCAUAUUAAUGCAGCAUACUGAACCCUGCCAUGCAACGACGGUUUAAAAAAAACAGUUUGACGUGUUGAUGCUUAUUCAAUUUAAAUUAGAUUACUAAUACUGCUCUCAUGUUUCAGGCUGCAGUUGUUUUAGAUGCGCUUAUCAUAAAGACUGGAAACGUGAACGACAGGAUGCUGAUCAGUGAGCCUCGGGGACGCCGGGAGGCAGAUUUAGUUCCUCGUUUCCAGUCGCUAUGCUAGGCUACGCUAACUGGCUGCUCACUGUAGUUUCAUAUUUAUUUGACAUAUUUAAGAGCGGUAUUGAUCUUCUUAUCGAACUACCAGAAAGAAAGUGAAUAAGCGUAACUGGUCGAUCUAUUUGCUUUAAGAAACCAUGAAAUAAAAAGGGUUUAAUUUUCAGAGAAAUGUCUCUGAACACACAAAUAAUGCAGACAAUAUUAUGUCAUUGUAUUUCCAGUACUUAGCCUCUGGGAACUUUAUGUUAUAUACUAUAAGUGAUGCCUUGUUUUAGAUGGGUGUGAGUUAACUACUGAGUGAGGGACCCAGCUUUUGUAUUAUAGCGCCAUUCACGCACUGAAGCCCAAAAGCCCUAUAAAGUAUUUUUAAAGAUCUGUAUUUAUAGAUACAGUGCAGUUCAGAUUUGUUUCUUUAAAAAAAAAAAAAAAAGAAUUGUAAAUAGCAAAAAGGUUUCUUCUCCUGUGGUGUAUAGAGACAACAAGUGAGGCACAUGUUCAACUCUCACAGAAAUUAGUUAGCGAUGAGAAAUGUGAGGCCGACACACAGCUGCUGUAACGAGGUGGUUACAGAUUGUAAUCAGCGACGCAGCGCAGGGGCCAAACACCCUGAACAGAGGCUCUCGCCUCGAGAACAGACGGUCCAGUCUGUAAAGAUGAUUAUCACAAGACGUGACUCUCUUUUUGUUGUUGUUGAAAGCGCCGUCCUCGACGGCAGCGUCGCGAGCUCUAAGGUCGAGGAGAUGAAUUCCGAGCAUUUUGAUAUGAGGAGGCGUGCCAAAUAAAGACCGGUCAAAACAUCAUAUACAUAGAACUUUGCACGCUACACGGAAACCAUAAUAGCUAUGCUGAGACCUGGAAGCAUAAAUGCCACCUUCCCACAACUUGUGUGUGUGUGUAUGUGCAUUCACCACACGCACAAACACACUGAGGUUCUCUACCAUUGAGCAGAUUCAAAUCAGGCAUGACAGGAAUACCAAAAUGCACACCAAGUGCAUUUUUGUUUGUUUAUAGAUUGUACAUAGGCCUACAAAUCCCCCCCCCCCCCCAUGACGCAGCGGCCGGCUGGUUCCUCGAUGUCAGUCGUUCCAUAUUCUCAAAUUCCCCCCCCAAAAAGCUCUGCACUGUUUCACCGUCAGUGGAUCAUGUACAAAAUUCAGUUUUUGUAGAAGAAAAGAAAAUUCAAAAGAUAUAAAUUAUUUUUAAAAUAUAUUAUGAGCAUGUGUUUAGUGUAAAUAACGUCAAAGUCUAAAAUCGAUUUUAUAUCCUGUAUUUUUUACUCAGUUUUUUUCUUUUUCGGGUGUUUGUUCCUAUUUUUUUGUUUUGUUUUGUUUUUUGGGGUGGAGGCUUUCGAGAAGCAGUUUAUACUUUAAGCAUAUUUCAUGUCAUAUCUCAUCGUUCUCGGUUAUUUAAGCGCUAACGAAUCCUGACAAAUCUAGAAAUCAACUCCCCGUUAGCAGUCUAUUAUUCAUGCGCACGAUCGUGACACGUUUGUUAUUUUUAAAACAGUAUUCAAACCAGACUGCAGUCAUCAACAAUAUUUUUUCAGAGGAUUUCAUCUGUUUUGUAUCAUCGACUUUGUGACGUUGGUUAUCUCCAUACGAUGCAUCAGUGUAGACUCCGUUGUACUUUGGAUCACUUUACAUGUACUUGUACUUUUUGUUAGGAUUCGUGCUGUGCUUGUGAAACAAAGAUAAACACACAUCAACCAUGUAUUGCCCUUUGUGAUGAUACUACACCAGCAGAGCUUUGUCCAUGUUCACGUAUUCAUGUCUUAUGGGAACCCUAAAUUAUUUUCCUCUACCUCAUGUGUAUAGCUUGUAGGUAUAAACAGAUCACAAAUGACUGGUAAGAAUGUAUUUAAGUUAUUUAACAUCUUUGUAUAACAAAGGCGAAAAAAAUCUGAAAUAAUAAAUGAAUUUUUAAAUUA